AACAAAAUCAUAUUAAGUAGAAGCAUAUAGAGCUGCUACAAUAUAAUGGCGAGUAGCUUAUCGACUUGCCGUAGGGAUAUUCGACCACCGAUGACCGUUUUUAGCCCCAGCAUGUGGGGUGAUACUUUCUCUACGUUUUCUUUCGACGAACAGGUACAAGAAAAGUAUGAAAAGGCCAUGGAAACAUUAAAGCAAGAAGUAAGAAGCAAGUUGGUGGAAGCAACAUCCGGCAAACUGCUUGUAUUGGUUGACACAAUCGAGCGUUUAGGGUUGUCUUAUCAUUUCGAGACGGAGAUCGAAGAAAAGCUCGAGCAAAUUUACAACGAGGAUCAAGAAUAUGAUGACUUGUUCACUACCGCACUUCGAUUUCGUCUGUUGAGGCAACAUCAGUAUCAAGUUUCUUGCAGUGUGUUCGACAAAUUCACGGACGAAGCCAAUAAAUUGAAAGAAAUGCUUACUAGUGAUGUUGAAGGUCUACUAAGCUUGUAUGAAGCAGCUCAUGUUCGAAUCCGUGGAGAAGAAAUCUUAGAAGAGGCCGUACCUUUUACGAAACAUCAUAUGACUCGUCACAUGUUGUCGUCCCAAUCGUUGGAAUCUCCACUUAAGGACAAAGUGAAGCGAGCUCUAGUGCACUCGCUUCAUAGAGGUGUUCCGAUUAUCGAAGCACGCGUUUACAUUUCCAUCUACGAAAAAGAUGAUUCAAGGGAUGACAUUAUUUUAAAACUAGCAAAAUUGAAUUUCAAUUAUUUGCAGAAUAUGUACAAGGAAGAGCUCUCCGAACUCUACAGGUGGUGGAACAACUUUGACCUAAAGUCAAAAUUGCCGUACGCAAGAGACAGAUCGAUAGAGUGCUAUCUCUGGGGUGUCGCAUUCCAUUUUGAACCUCAGUACUCGUAUGUUCGAAAAGCGGUUGCGAAAGCUGUGCAAAUGGUUAUUGUGAUAGAUGAUACUUAUGAUAAUUAUGCUACACUCAAUGAAGCUCAGCUUUUUACUGAUGUUCUUGAAAGGUACCUAUCUUGCCUUAUGUACGAGAGCGUAGGUUUAGUACUCACUGCACUUAUAUAGUUGGCUGAUAAAUGUGAGUAUAUAAUGAUAUAUUUUGAUU